AUGGCAAAGGUUGUUGGGGAAACUUCGGUGGAAGACCUUGCUAAGGUUUCUGAUGAGGAGCUAAUGAAGUGGACUAAGGAGGAACUGAUUGUCCGGCUCCGAAGAGCAGAGGCUGACAAGAUGAGUGCUAUGCUAGAUCACAGCAAUUUGAUCCGGGAGGUGAAUAGGAGACUGCAGCUACAUCUUGGGGAGAUCAGAGGGCUUAAGGAUGUAAAUCAGAAGCUGCAAGAAGACAACCAAGAACUUAGAGAUCUAUGUUGCUUCUUGGAUGAUGACAGACAAAAGGGAAAACGGAUUUCAAGAGAAUGGCAGAGACUGGGAAGAUAUACUUCAGGAAUAAUGCAAAAAGAGGUUACUUUGUAUUUGCAGAAAUUAAAGGAUCUUGAAGUUAAACAAGAAGAAGUGGUAAAAGAAAACCUUGAACUGAAAGAACUUUGUUUUUUGCUAGAUGAUGAUAAAGUUGGAGUUGCUGGUAGUCGCUGUUCUAUCGACAGUCAAAAUAGCCUCUGUCAGAUGAAUACAACGAUCAGUACUUUCCUGCGAGAUGUUGGUGAUGGAAGUAGCACAUCUAGUGCAGGUAGCACAGAUAGUCCAGACCAUCAUAAACCAAAUUCUACCAACAGUCCUGAGCAUCUUCAAAAAGGCAAAAGUGAAGGAAGUCCUGAACACCAGAAACAUGGAAGUGGCAGUCCGGAACAACUUCAAAAACCUAGGAGUUCAGCAAGCCCUGAUCAUCAGAAACAUCUGAAAAGUGCCAGCCAAGAGCAUCAUAAAAGUGUGGGUAAAAGUAGUCCUGAGCCACAAAGGCAUACGUGUAGUAGCCCAGAAAAUCUACAAAAACAAAUAUUAAGUAGUAGUCCUGAACAUUUUAAAAAGCAUAGGUCUGGUGGUAGUCCAGAGUACCAGAAGCUCUGUGGCAGCCCAGAACAUCUCCAAAAACAUACAUUAAGUGGAAACUCAGAACAUCUUCAAAAAGCAAGGGGCAGUAGCCCUGAGCAUCUCAGACAUUUUGGAGGUAGUCCUGAACAUCUCAAACUUUUGAGUGGGAGCAGCAGGGAAGCCUUAAGGAGACAAGUAGCAGAUGAAAUGUCAUCUCAUCACAGAAGUGUGUACAAUGGAAUGAAUGGUGGGUGGACAAGCCUACUGAAAUCCCCAUUUUUUAAAAUGGAGUUUUCUGCAUGUAUUAAACAACCAGAAUAUACAUGA